AUGUCUGAGCACAAUGUUGAGCCUGAGGCCGCGAGUAGCUCAAGAAAAGACAGUGAAGAGCGAACUUUCAAUGGGGAGAAAAAUCAACCGCAUAUACCUUCUUGUCCGCUUUGUAAGCUUCUUGACAUGAGGGAUACUGUAAAGUGUAAUGUAUGUGCUACAUUGCACAACUUUUCUUGCAUCAGUGUAACAAAGAAUGUAGGCCAAAACUCAUGGAGAUGUCAAACAUGUAGUGUGCAGGCCGCAGCCCGAGAAACUGACACGGGAAAAGUUUCAGGAGCAAGCAAACAACAAGAAUCAAUCGUUCAACCGGACAACGGUCAACAUAAGUCGCUCAGUAAACCCACCAAGCAAGAGCGCGCAAGAACAAUAUCUCAACGAGUGACCUCCAUGUACAGCCGAAGUGAUAAAACAGCGAAAAAUCUGAUUCAACUGGAGAUGGAACAACUGGAAGCAGAAAGAGCCCUCCAAGAAGAAGAAGAGCUUCGUAAACGCGAAUAUCUCAAGAAGAAGUUUCUUCUUAUGAGAGAAAUGAUGAGCGAAACGAACUCGAUCAGCCAAACCGACGAUCAAUCAAUGGAAAAAGUCAGGAGCUGGCUAGACAAAACGAAUUUAGAUCAUGGUAAUAUGCAGCAACCAAAUCACACGGAAAUUACUUGCUCUACAUCAACUCGUAUAAAUAUAGGCCAAGGUCCUUCUGACGCUCAUAAUUCGAAUUCACAAUGGCAAUAUGGAAAAAACGAAACCUCCACCCCCGCCAUUGAACCACAGUUAUGUGUACUUUCACGAGCUCAGAUAGCAGCAAGGCAAUCAGUUCCGAAGGAACUGCCACACUUUGAUGGUAAUCCCGAAGAGUGGCCAUUAUUUUAUGCAACGUACACUCACACAACUCUACUUUGUGGAUUCUCAAAUGACGAGAAUGUAUUCCGACUUUCUAAAUGCUUGAAAGGUAAAGCCCUUGAAGCUGUGAGAGGUCAGCUUAUACAUCCCAGCAAUGUACCAUCUGUUAUUAGAACUCUCAAACUGCUAUUCGGUCAACCGGCUGCAAUUGUGCAGACAAUGAUUAAUAGAAUAUCAACGUUUCCAACACUCAGGUCUGAUAAACUAGAUCAACUAAUAGAAUUUGCCAUUGUAGUACAAAACUUACGAUCGACGAUAGAAGCCAGUGGAUUACAAGACUAUCUGUAUAAUGUGUCGCUUCUGACUGAUCUAACAGACAAAUUACCUGCAUCUAUUAAAUUAGACUGGGCAAAGCAUCAGCAAACGUUGCCGAGAAUUACUCUUGCUGAGUUCUCUUCUUGGAUUUAUUCCCUGGCGGAGGCCGCCAGCACGGUUACGAAAAUCGGAUUUAAUGAAACAAAACAAGUCCGUAGUAGUAAACCAAGCGCAUUCAUCAAUACUCACUCCACAGCAAGUGAGCUUGAACAGCCAAUAGCAGAUACAAAACUCUUAAGCACUGGCAUUGCAGCGGUAAAUCUUCACUUUACAUGUAUGAUUUGUAAAGGAACAUGUAAAUCGGCAGCUGAUUGCCAACGUUUCCUUGAACUUACGUACGAUAGCAGGUGGACCGCAAUUAAGGAGUAUGGAUAUUGUAAAAAAUGCCUAAGACGGCAUAACGAUCAGUGCACCGCGAGGAAACGGUGUGGAAUAAAUGGAUGUACUUACAAACAUCAUGAAUUACUACACAAUCCUUCAAAAAACAGUACAGGCUCUGUGUCCAAUAAUCAGGUCCUUCCUGUAGUAUUUGCUCCUCACAACACUCAUCGGUCAAACUCGACAUCUGUUCUUUUCCGUAUUGUCCCAGUAACGCUGUACGGUAUCGAUAAAACAAUAGAUACGUACGCACUUCUUGAUGACGGCUCAUCACAGACGCUCCUGGACCAAGAAAUCGUAGACCAGCUCCACCUGAAAGGCGCGAAAAACCCUCUAUGGCUACAAAGGACUGGAGGAACCUGUCGUGUUGAAAAUAACUCAGUAACUGUUAAUUUUCAAAUAUCGGAGAAAGGACAGCCAAAUCGUAGAUUCAAUAUAUCAGGUGCGAGAACUGUUAGUGCUCUUAAUCUACCUAGUCAAUCGCUGAAUGCAGACGAGAUGAAAAAACAAUUUGACUACCUCGCUGGUCUGGCACUACCUUCGUACAGUGACGCUCGUCCUAGAGUUCUGAUCGGAGCAGAUAACGCGUUUCUUGGAAAUACACAAAAGAGCAAAGAGAGAAAUUCUCACGAACCAGUUGCCGUUAAAACGAGACUUGGCUGGACUCUUUAUGGCGGAUUCUCCGCAAAAGAAAAUCAAAGCGAUAUAGCACAAGUGAGUCUUCACAUCUGCUCGUGCGAUGAGCUACAGCAAGCUAUGAAAAACUAUUUCUCAUUGGAUAGCCUAGGUAUAUCGAAGCUGAACAAAACCCUACUCUCAACAGAAGAUGAGAGAGCUACUUCGUUAUUGCAAUCUUUAACUAAUUUCGAAGGAGGUCGUUAUACGACAGGUUUACUCUGGAAGUAUGAUAAAGUUAAUCUACCAGACAGUCGUGCGCUCGCACUCCGGAGGCUACAAUGUUUAGAAACACGCAUGGCUAGGGACCCUACAUUGGCAAACACUAUCCAAAAAAAGAUAGUUGACUACCAACGAUGCGGGUAUAUACGAAAGCUUUCCGACCAAGAACUCGAUCGCCCUUUUGAUCGAAUAUGGUACUUGCCAAUUUUUCCGGUAGCCAACCCUAAUAAAUUUGGAAAAAUACGAAUUGUCUGGGAUGCAGCAGCAACUGUUCGUGGAGUGUCCUUGAAUUCAGUUCUUUUGAAAGGACCAGAUCAGCUGUCAUCGCUUACAGAUAUCCUGUAUCAGUUUCGGCUGCAGCGUGUUGGUCUCUGCGGAGACAUACGUGAGAUGUUCCACCAAGUGGGCAUCAGAGAGCAAGAUCAACAUUGUCAACGGUUUUUAUGGCGAAACGGUGACAGUAACGUAAACCCAGAUACAUUUGUUAUGAAGGUCAUGACCUUCGGAGCUUGCUGUUCACCGAGCAGUGCUCAAUACGUUAAAAAUCUUAAUGCGCAACGUUUUACUAGUCGGUUUCCACGAGCAGUAGAUGCAAUCAUUCACAAGCAUUAUGUUGAUGAUCUCCUUGCUAGCGUAGAGACCAUCGAGGAAGCUGUUCAGUUGGCCAAAGAAAUUCAUUUCAUACAUGCGCAGGGUGGCUUCGAGAUUAGGAACUGGCUCUCAAACUCGAUAACGGUUCUCCAAAAAAUGAAUCAGCACCAAACUGAAGAAAAGAAUUUAAUUUUUUCCGAAGAGAUGGCGACAGAGAAAAUUCUUGGGCUAUGGUGGAAUACUUCCACUGAUUGUUUGACCUUUAAAGUAAAUUGGAGUCGAUAUGAUAGCUCUUUACUGGAUGGUUCCAGAUAUCCGACUAAACGCGAGCUAUUAAGAAUUUUGAUGUCCAUAUACGAUCCUUUAGGACUAGUGGCAAACUUCUUAGGCUAUUUGAAAGUAUUACUCCAAGACGUAUGGCGCUCUGGUAUACUCUGGGACGAACCUAUAAGAUGUCAAGAGUUCAAAAAAUGGGAUUUGUGGCGACAGGCUCUUCCACAAGUGGAGACCGUUUCCGUGAAUCGAUGUUAUAGGCGGCUUAUAUCCUCCAACAAGCAAACUAAUAUUCAGAUGCAUACCUUUGUCGACGCUAGUGAGACGAGUUUUGCCGCUGUUGUCUACCUUCGUUUCGAAGAAAACGGUUACGUUGAAUGUACACUUAUAGGAGCAAAGACGCGAGUUGCUCCACUAAAAUACAUAUCCAUCCCUCGUCUUGAGCUGCAGGCGGCAGUCAUCGGAUCACGCUUAGCGAGUAGUAUAGUCAGCGCACUUUCUAUCAAGAUCGAUCGAAGAUAUUUCUGGACGGACUCGCGAGAUGUCAUGUGUUGGCUAGCUUCAGAUCAUCGUCGCUAUAGCCAAUUUGUAGCGUGUCGUGUUAGUGAGAUAUUGGAGAAUACAGAUCUGGCCGAAUGGAGUUGGCUCUCAACUAAGGAAAACGUAGCUGACGAAGCUACAAAAUGGGAACGUCCUCCGGAUUUUUCGAUAAAUAGCAGGUGGUUCAGCGCCCCCAAAUUCAUCAAAGAACCAACGGAAUCAUGGGCUCCGUUACGAAUGACACUAGGAACUACAAACGAAGAACUUCGAGCUAGUGUACUUACACAUACUGUGCUCAACCCGGUUAUAGCCACUGAGAACUUCUCCAGAUGGCGAAGACUUGUUCGGUUCAUAGCAUGUGUACUUCGAUUUCCCAAUAAUAUCAAACUUAAGCUAGCCAAUCUACCCAGCAAUACUGGACCAUAUGUUAGAGCAGAACUGCAUGCAGCAGAAAAAACACUUUACAAACUAGCGCAGUACACUGCUUUUGGUGACGAAAUAGCUCUAAUAGCAAAAGCCGAACAGACGAAAUCGAUUUGCCAAAUUCCCAAAGACAGUGCCUUAUACAAACUUACACCGCGGCUAGACGCAGAAGGGCUACUACGACUACACACACGUAUUCAAAGAUGUGAAUACAUAACAGAAGAAGCAAAGAAUCCAAUUAUUCUUCCUAGAAACCAUCACAUCACAAAACUAUUAAUUCAUGAUUUCCAUGAGCGCUUCCAUCACUGCAACCAUAACACCGUCAUCAACGAACUUAAACACAAAUUUCAUAUCCCUCGUAUUAGAAUCGCUUACAAAUCUACUCGUAGAGAAUGUCAAAGAUGCAAAAAUGAACAAUCCAAGCCAAUUCCUCCAGCCAUGGGCGAUUUACCCAGAGCUAGACUUGCUGCAUAUGCGCGACCGUUCUCAUUUGUGGGAAUCGAUUAUUUUGGGCCCUUGUCGGUUGUAGUUGGUAAACGAGUUGAAAAACGUUGGGGUGUGUUGAUUACGUGCAUGACGACUCGCGCCAUUCAUCUGGAAAUUGCUCACACUCUUAGUACGACUUCUUGUAUACUUGCAAUAAAAAACUUCAUAGCGAGGCGAGGAGUACCUCGAGAAGUACAUAGUGACAGAGGAACUAACUUUUUAGGUACAGAACGUGAGCUACGAGAAGCAUUGGCCAAGGUCGAUGAAGAUAUGAUAAUGAAAGAAUUUAUUAGCAGUCAAUUGGAAUGGAAGUUCAUUCCACCAGCAUCGCCACAUAUGGGAGGCUGCUGGGAGCGGUUAGUGCAAUCCGUUAAGCGAAAUCUAUAUGCUCUGAAACCUCAGCGCUUGCCGACCGAUGAGAUUCUUCGUAAUAUGUUGGCUGAAAUAGAAAAUACUGUCAAUUCUCGUCCACUCACUCACGUGCCUAUCGAGAAUGAUGAUGCUCCUGCACUAACACCGAACCAUUUUAUUUUAGGUUCCUCAAAUGGUUCAAAACCCGAUACAUUAUGUGACGAUAGUGGUUUAGCUCUUAGACGGGCUUGGUGUAGUUCGCAAGUAUUAGCCAAUGUCUUUUGGAAGAAAUGGUUGAAGGAUUAUUUGCCAGAAAUAACAAGACGCAGUAAAUGGUUCUACAACAUCAAACCAAUCGAGAUAGAUGAUAUUGUUUUGAUUGUCGAUCCAAAAUCACCCAGAAACUGCUGGCCAAAGGGAAGAGUAAUCUUCGUGAAUAAGAGUGCAGAUGGGCAAGUACGUUGGGCAACUGUACAAACAGCCCACGGUGUAUACGAGAGACCUGCGGUGAAGCUGGCGAUCCUAGAUGUUCGGUGCAACCGCUAG